GGGGGUUCCUAGGGAGCAUGAGAGCUGGGGAGAAAUGAUGCCCUCCCUAUCACAGACAUGGCUGGGCCCUCUGCUGCUGCUGGUCUGUCUCCUGGCGAGCAGGACUACUACCGAGGAGGUGUCGGAGCACUGUAGCCACUUGAUUGGGAAUGGACACCUGCAGUUCCUGCAGCAGCUGAUUGACAGUCAGAUGGAGACCUCGUGCCAAAUUUCCUUUGAGUUUGUAGACCAGGAGCAGUUGAAUGACUCCGUGUGCUACCUUAAGAAGGCACUUCUCCUGAUGCAAGACACAAUGGAUGUCACCAUGCGCUUCAAAGACAACACCCCCAAUGCCAAUGUCAUUGUCCAGCUCCAGGAGCUCUCUCUGAGGCUGAAGAGCUGCUUCACCAAGGACUAUGAAGAGCAGGACAGGGCCUGUGUCCGAACUUUCCAUGAGACGCCUCUCCAGUUGCUGGAGAAGAUCAAGAAUAUCUUUAAUGAAACAAAAAAUCUCCUUAAAAAGGACUGGAACGUUUUCAGCAAGAACUGCAACAACAUCUUUGCUAAAUGCUCCAGCCAAGAUAUGGUGACCAAGCCUGAUUGCAACUGCCUGUACCCUAAAGCCACCCCUAGCAGUGACCUGACCUCUGUCGCCCCUCAGCAGCCCCUCACCCCCUCCAUGGCCCCUAUGGCUGGCUUGACCUGGGCUGACUCUGAGGGAACAGAGGGCAGCUCCCUCUUGCCCAGUGAGCAGCCCCUUCACACAGUGGACCAGGGCCGUGCCAAGCAGCGACCACCCAGGAGCACCUGUCAGAGCUUUGAGUCGCCAGAGACCCCAGGCAUCGAGGGCAGCCCCACUGGAGAUUCACCUCAGCCCCACCCCCCAAUCGGGGCGCCCAUCACUGGGAUGGAGGAAAUUCUUGACUCUGUGCUGGGCACUAACUUGGUCCUGGAAGAGGCCUCUGGAGAGGCUGGUGAGGGUCCUAUACCCCAAGGGGCUGAGCUUCCCUCCUCCAGGCUGGGAGGAGGCAGCGUCCAGGCAGAGACCGCCAAACCCAGCAACUUCCUCUCAGCAUCUUCACCACUCUCCGGAUCGGCAAAAGGCUGGCAGCCUGGGGAUGUAACUAGCAUGCCCCUGCCCAUGGUGGGCCCCGUGAGACCCACUGAGGCUUGGAGUCACACACCCAAUAAGAUGGACCAUUCAUCUGCCUCACCCAGGGACCGCCAGGAGCCAGGCUCUGCCAGAACCCCAGCCCUGCGCCCGCAAAGCCUCAGCAGUCCCUCCAUCCUCUCAUCUCAGCCAAGGCUUCCCAAAAGCCACUCCUGGGGCAACAUGCUGCCCCUGGAGGAGCUGGAAGGCAAAAGGAGCACCAGGGAUCGGAGGAGCAUCACAGAGUACCGCAGAGGACACGCAAGUGAGGGGGUGGCCAGGCCCCCGGCCCGUUCUAACUCCGUUCCUUUGACUGACGCAGGCCAUGAGAGGCAGCGCAAGGGUCCCUCUGACCACCAGCUCCCCAGCUUUGUUUACCACCUGCUGGUGCCCAGUGUCAUCCUGAUCCUGUUGGCUGUUGGUGGCCUCCUGUUCUACAGGUGGAGGCGGCGGAGCCGUCGAGAGCUUCAGAUAGUGGCUUCUCCCAUGGAGCAACCAGAGGGCAGCCCCCUGACCCAGGAUGAGGACAGACAGGUGGAAUUGCCAGUGUAGAGGGAAUUCUAAGCUGGGCGCACAGGACAGUCUCUCCAUGGGAGGAGACAUUAUGGGGCCUACGUCACCACCCCUCCCAGCCAUUCUUCUGGGAAUGUGGCCUGCCCACCGCGAGAGCUCCUGCCUGCCAGGACUAGACCAGAUCAGCCAGGCUGGGGCCCCUCCACCCUCGACCCUUAGACUCUGGACUGACUAAGAGAGGGCUGGAGGAUGCCCCCCACGCUGCUGAUAUUUAUCGGGGGCCCUGGAGGCUCCCACCUGCUUGAGGGAGGCUGGCAAGCCCGGCUGAAGACCUUCUGCCCCUCAGGGGCUGUGGCCUCCUCCCACUCCCCUCCAAGCCAACACCUGGGCCAGGGACCCAGAGGCCUAUGGGACAUGGGAGAAUAGGGUGGGUGCUGAGGAAUGGAAAAGCCCUUGUACCCAGAGGACCUGCCUGGUGCCAAGGGAUCCCAACACCGACAAGCAGGGACUUGUCUCCAGAGAGAAGCAUGAGAUUCGCAGAGCGGGACAGCGUCGCUGGAUUUCCUGUAAAGGUGUGUAGCCCAAAAGACGGGAAGAGAAGGCUGCUGGGCCUGCUGGUCUGCACUGACAGCCUGGAGCGGGUCUGCGCCCUCCACUUGCCUAAGUGCUCUCUGCUGGUGGCCAGGCGGAGAAGGGAGGCCAACCCUACCCUCAGGACCUGCCUGGCUUGGCUCGUGAUGCUAAGGGGAAGACCACACUUUGGCCUCUGCCCCACCGUCCCCCCAGCCCUGCCAGAGCUUCUCCGGGAGGCCACGCAGAGGCUCUCCUCACGAAGGAAGCCAUUGCACUGUGAAUACUGAACCUGCCUGCUGAACAGCCUGCCCUAUCCAUCCCAGAGAGCAAACACCCAUCCGUCCUCCCCCCCUCCAGCCUCUCCCCAGCUUCCUGCACUGAGUGCCCGAGCCGGCCUCGCCUGUCGACUGAGGGAGCCCCUGAGCCCUGACCUUCUGCUGAUCCGGCUCUGACUUCCUGGGGUGGAUCAGGGUGGGAGAACUGCCCGGGGCCACCAGCCGGAGCUGGUCUUUAGGCUGUGUUGUUCACCCAGGUUUCUGCAUCUUGCACUUUGACAUUCCCAAGAGGAAAGAGACUGGUAGGAGGGAGAAAAGGAGGGCAGAGAUAGACACAGAGAGAGGCUGCAGGGUGAGCUCUGACUGAAAUUGGGUCUUUGAAAUUAUGGGCAUGCCCCCGAAGUUGGGGCAGGGGUGCAGACUCGACCCCCUCUGCCCACUCCCUUUGCCUGUACUAGGCCCCUGCCCCAAACACAGCUCCAAGGCUGCUGCCAGCAGACACCUGGGCUGAGCGAUUGUCCCUGUUAGGAGCCUGACAGGUAGUGACACCCUCCAGCUUUCAUCCCACUCCUCACUAGCACUUCUCUCUGACCAGGCGAGCCAGGGUGGGAGGGGGACUGGGAGAGUCCAGGCAUCUGUUUCCAAGUCUGCCUUGAGUGCCUCAGCUACCUGGUCUCGGCUCUGAGAGCUGGGCAGCAGGUGACGGGGCUGUCAAUUGCCCUUGGUCCCUUUGUGCUGCUGUGUCCCUCCUCUCCUGCUGCCCUGGGCCCUUCAUAGAGAGACUCUGUCCUACCUGGCCACUGGGCCGGGUCCCGUGACCUUCCCUUCCUGUCCUUGAACGUGAGGAUCUGCUGGUCCCUGCCUACCCUGCCCUGUUGCUGUUAGCUGUGGGAGGGGCAGUGAAGAACUUUCCCCAUGGGGCUCCUUUUUUCAGUCACAGACUCUAUAUUUGAUACUAAAAAAUAUGUAUUUAAAAGUGGAAGAAAAAAAAACACAGAAAAAAGGCAUUCCUCCCUCACUUCCCACCCCUUAAACGUGUAGUAUUUUAAAAGUCAAGAAAGCAAAUCCAACCCAUUGCAGAAGCUCUUUGUGGGCUCUUGGUGACAUGGGAGCAGGAGGGGCCCCAGAGCCCUCUCUGGGUGGCUCCUCGGCUACCUGCACGGGAACCCUUCUUUUCUCUGCGAAGCCAAGAGGGAACAUUGGCUCACACACUGUGAGAUUUUGUUUUUAUACUUGGAAGUGGUGAAUUAUUUUAUAUGAAGUCAUUUAAAUAUCUAUUUAAAAAUAGGAAGCUGCUUAUAUAUUUAAUAAUAAAAGAAGUGCACAAGCUGC